UUGGAGAGGGAAGGAGCGGGAACCUGAGCUCCGCGUCGGGAAGCUUAGGUCGGCUGAGCCCUCGGCUCCCAAAGGCAGAGCCGGAAGCGCUACAGUUUGACCCAGGAGUCCAUCUGUUUUCGAAGGCGUAACCCUCUUCCUCCCGACCCUCUCCGCCUCCCCUUCUGCCCUUUCAUCCGGAGGCCGAAGCCCCCAGCCUGGGCGGGGCGGCGCAGCCCGAGCUCCCGCACCCGGAAGAAGCGCCAUCUCCCGCCUUCACCAUGGAGCCCACUGCGCCGUCCCUCACCGAGGAGGACCUGACUGAAGUGAAGAAGGACGCUUUAGAAAAUUUGCGUGUAUACCUGUGUGAAAAAAUCAUAGCUGAGAGACAUUUUGAUCAUCUACGUGCAAAAAAAAUACUCAGUAGAGAAGACACUGAAGAAAUUUCUUGCCGAACAUCAAGUAGAAAAAGGGCUGGAAAAUUGUUAGACUACUUACAAGAAAACCCCAAAGGACUAGAUACCCUGGUUGAAUCUAUUCGGCGAGAAAAAACACAGAACUUCCUGAUACAGAAGAUUACAGAUGAAGUGCUAAAACUUAGAAAUAUAAAACUAGAACAUCUGAAAGGACUGAAAUGUAGCAGCUGUGAGCCUUUUCCAGAUGGAGCCACAAACAACCUCUCCAGAUCAAAUUCAGAUGACAGUAAUUUCUCUGAAAAACUGAGAGCAUCCACCGUCAUAUACCAUCCAGAAGGAGAAUCCAGCACAGCCCCCUUUUUUUCUACUGAUUCUUCUCUGAAUUUGCCUGUCCUAGAAGUAGGCAGAACUGAAAACCCCACCUUCUCUUCAACUACGCUUCCUAGACCUGGGGACCCUGGGGCUCCUCCUUUGCCACCAGAGCUGCAGUUAGAAGAAGAAGGAACUUGUGGAAACUCUAGUGAGAUGUUUCUUCCCUUAAGAUCACGUGCUCUUUUGCGGCAAUGACAGUUUACUGCCUUUUAAUUUUUUUAAUGAUGACAAAAAAUAUUUGAAAGGAUAUGAAUCUUAUAAAAUUGCUGUAAUGACUUAUUAACAUUUGAUACAUGUCUUAAAAUGCAACGUAAACAUACUUUGUAAAUAGAAUUUUUUAGAAUAAAAGAAGCAUACUUGUAGAUAGCUAAAGUCGUGUUGAUCAUGUACUCCAGUAUUUUCUCUUCAUUUUUGAGGUAAUUUAGUGUUUUCACUUUUGUUUUAUGUUUUAAGACUAAUUUUAAUAGAGAACAUUUCUCUAUUUGAGAAUAGAGUCUUAGGCUGGGAACAGUGUUUCUUCUCUGUGCAUUUGUGCUAAUAAAUUUCACAGUCUAAUAGUCCUUUCCAACCAUUCAACAGUACAUUUUCAGAAUUAAGCUGUUCGUAUUUGGUAAUAAAGCCAAUCACUGCUGGGAAAACUGCCAGCGUACAGAAAAGAAUCUUUUUCCCACUCAAUUGGGCUUACAGGCACUUAGAAAGUCCCCUUCUGAUUCAGAGGAAUAUCUAUCUAAUGGAGUUUGAGCCACCUACGGUGUCAAUUUGCCAAAAUACAUUUCUUAUUAAUCUUACUAAUUAAUACUACUUUCUUAAGAUUUUCACACUCUUUGCUUUAUCAUUUUCAUUCCUAAAGAAAAAUCUUGGCAUAAACUUCAGUUAUUACAUAUAAUUUAAUGAGAUUUUAAAAAUACUUUUUCUGUACUUUUUGUUCCCUUUUAAUGAGGACCACUGUACAGUUGAAAUAAUUAGGACAAAAUGGUUUUUGUGUGUGUAUAUGUGACAAUUCUGUUUUUAGUACUAUUUGGAACAAGCGGGCCAUUAGCUAGAUAUGUCUUUUUGUUCUAUGACAAAGUUUGACUAAUUUUACAAAUUUAUAAAUCUUUCAUUGUUUUCAUUAAACUAUAUCUAUUUCUAGAUAUCUGUCUCAUAUAUAUUUCCACUACUU